AUGGCGGGGGCGGCCAAGCACACGAACGAGAGCGCCAGGGCGGCGCUGCAGGCCAUGGGAGGCUCCAUACUGUUCGAGAAGGUGCUGACAUCCAGUGACGUCAACGGCACGGGGCGUCUGGUGAUCCCCAAGAGCCAGGCGGAGGCGCACUUCCCCUUUCUGGAGCAGCAGCAGGGCAUGGUGAUGAGCCUGACGGACACCGAGGGCAACCAGCACAGCUUCCGCUUCCGCUUCUGGGUGAACAACCAGAGCAGGAUGUACCUGCUGGAGAACACAAUCGAAGUACAGGCGCAGUACAAGAUGGUGGCGGGCGAUGUGCUGGUCUUUGCCAAGCUGCCAGACGGCACCUACGCCAUCUGCGGCCGCAAGGGCACAAAGGACGACGUCAGCCGCAAGCCCGCGGUGCGCCGCUCCAAGGACGACGCCAGCCCGGGGGAGGGCAAGGGCGCGAAGCGGGCGCGCGCGCGCGGCGGCGGCGCCGACUCCGCCAAGCACAAGCGGGCCAGGCAGAAGCAGGCGGCGCAGGCGAUCCAGAGCAUGUUCACAUACUGGAGCGGAUACAGCCUGCCAAUGCGCAAGGACGGCGUGUUCCGCGCGGUGCCCAACAGCGCGGCGCAGGAGGGGGACAAGGUGCUGGCACAGUGCGGGGCCUGGUCGGCCAUCGUGUCUGUCGGCGGCGAGCUCUUCCAGGCCUUCUUCGACACCCUGGAUGCAGCCAACGCAGCGCUGGAGGCGGCGCUGCAGAGCAAGGCGGAGGAGGCGGCGCCGACGCCGUCGGGGGCGGAGACGCCGGCCGGCGCGGCGGCAGGCGGCAGCGCACCCGCCUCGCGGGGGCCCUCUGAGGAGCCGCCACCGGCAGCGGGCGGGCCUGCCCUCGCGCUGGCGCCUGGCGUCCCGGGGGCCGCUGCUGCAGAAGCUGCAGCUUCGGAGGGGGCGGCGGCAGGCGCUGCCCCCGCGGAUGGUGUGCCCCAGCCACAACAGGAGCAGCAGGAGCAGGAGCAGCAGCAGCAGCAGCAGGCGCGAGAGCCAGCAGUCGAGCAGGCUGAGCAGCAGCCUGUUUUGCCGUUACUGUCCUAG